AUGACUCUGGUCUCAAAUGAUCCCAGCUCGUGGCCGAUAAUCAAUUCAAAUAUUCAUUCAAGCUAUUUCUCAGUCGCAAUAGGCGUCGUGGUGGUAUACGAUUGGGUCUUAACACUCGGACAAGAGAUUGAGCUAAUCUGGAGGCAACGCUGGUCUCUAAUAACUGUGCUAUACCUAGUUAUACGUUAUGUCGGAAUACCAUAUUAUGUUGUCAACAUUCUGGCAUAUAUGCCAUUGGUCCCGAAGACAGAAGCACUCAUUGGACGAGCACCAGAGGUACUGAUACUCUCUGGCACAUAUACGUGCGAUUACGAAUAUGAGGAGAAUGCCCAGCUUCUGAUUUCAAUGCUUUGGAUGCUUUACACCAUUUGGGAGGUCCUCGCAUUGUGUCUUUCAGUCCGGGUUGCUGUGAAACAUUUCCAUGACCUGCGACGACUCGGUUUAUCGAGAUCGAUUAUCGGGGACUGUUUCAGGGUGCUGAUGGAAUCUCACGUGCUUUAUUUUGCAAGCUUUGUCUGUGUCUCGUGCAUCCAAUUUGUUAUUCUCUCUCCAGAGUUGCAGAAUCCAUCUUUUAUUGGAACUCAAAUCUUCGGUGGUAUUCGUGAAUUCGUCUUCGGCGUGCAGUUGUUUGUGCUGGGACCACGCCUCGUCCUUAGUGUUCGAGAAUAUCACGCCAACCUCGUGGCCGAAUCCGACGCAGAAACUAGCAUAAAUUCGAUUGUCUUCCAGGAGCGUGUACAUAUACCAACUAGCAGUACUGUGUAA